GUUUGGUAGAAGAUUGCAGGGACCAGCAGCAGCAGCAGCGUUGUGGAACAAAACCGGAAAGAGGCUGGUUCUGGUUGGGUUCGUGGGAUUUGAACAGAAACAACCACUGGGUAAAGAAAGUAGCGCCGAUGUGAUGGCAGCCAGGUUUAGCGGAGGGAUACAUCGGUGGUGAAGCCUGUGAAUGCUUCAGGACUGAGCGGAGGAAAAUGAUUAUGGAUUUGGUGCUGCUUAGUCGUCAGACAGCAACGCUUGAGCGGGUGGAGACUGUUAUUCAUUUAAAUCCCUGCUGUCGGGGUUUCACCUUCCAACGACCAACAAUUUUUAAUUUGUUUUAUUUUUAUAACGUUGGAUUUUAAAAACAGCCAUUUUGAUGUCGUAAAUGACUGCUUUUUAGGGACAUCGCUGUUGGGAAGUUUUGCUAGGGGGUGGGGGGGAGGGGGGUGUUCGACUAGUGAAGUCGACCAUGGCUGUCGAGGCUCGGCCGGAGCUGGUCGGGAAGCGGUUCCUCUGUGUCAGCGGAGACAAGUCACCUGAAAUCGGCGACAUCGCUCGUUGGCCAUGGAGGACUGGGGUCAUACGAGCCGUCAGCAAUCGCGACAGCGACACCGAGCUGACGGUGUAUGUAGAGUUUGACGACCAGGAGUGGGAGAAGCGAGAGUGGGUGAAGGUCUAUGAGGAUUUCCAGCUUUUUCUCCUGGAGCACCAGCUGGUCUGGGCAAAGAGGACGGAAGAAACAGCAGGAGGCCAUCUGCAGGGGAACAAGGCCAAACACAUACAGUGGCCUGCACUGGCAUUUAAGCCAGUGGUGGGGAAAAGCCUGUUGUCUCCUGUAACAGCAGUGGAAUUCUUGUUGGAUCGACAGCUGGACUUCCUUUCUGACCAUUCGUCCUGCCAACCUUACCAGGAUGAGGUGGACAGUCAUAACCCAGUGUUGAGAGACUACCCUCAGCUUCAUGACGAAGUAAAAGGCUGGCUGAAAAACCAGAAGGUGCAGGAAAUUUUUAUGCAAGGACCCUACUCUUUAAAUGGAUACCGUGUGCGUGUGUACAGACAAGACUCGGCAACCCAAUGGUUUACUGGGAUCAUCACACAUCACGACCUCUUCAGUCGAAACAUGGUCGUUAUGAAUGACCAGGUACUGGAACCUCAGAAUGUGGAUCCAUCUAUGGUACAGAUGACCUUUCUUGAUGACGUUGUCCACUCUCUGCUGAAAGGGGAAAACAUUGGCAUCACAUCCAGACGAAGGUCACGAUCCAGCCAGAACAAUUCUGCCCAUACGACAGGAGGGAGACCCAGCGGAACUACUGGAAGCUCUCAGAGCCAUUACACCCGAGCCCAGGCCAACAGCCCCCGCCCCGUCAUGACCUCAGCAGGGCAGAAUCCUAAGAGCUCCCAAGGGGCGCUGGCCCCUCAGCAGCAGAGCCAGUCACAGCAAAUCCAGCAACCAUUCAGCCAGUCGCACAACUCACCGUUGGGUAAUGGUCGGGAGCAGAGAGAGCAACGCAACACUUGCUCUUCCAGAAGGAAAGGGUCCGACAGCAGUGCUCCAGAGGAGAACAAGGAGAGGAGAGACGAGCCUUCGAGUCGAGAUUCAAAUCUGAAGGUGAGCAAACGGAGAAAAGAUGAAGCAGAUGAGAAAAAGGCAGGUCUGAAGCGGCUGAAGACUGACCCAACAUCUGAUCUGUCAGAGAGCAGUGACUCAGAAAACCCACCCAAAAGGACCACCCCUUCCUCAUGCUCCUCCUCCUCUUCUUCAUCGUCAUCUUCCUCCUCCUUCUCCUCCUCAUCAGAGCCUAACUCUGAGAACGAGCUGAAACCCAGCUGCAUUGAUGUGAUGCAGAGUUCCGUUUCCAGAACAGAUGAGGAUGAGAAGGCAGUGGUUAAUGGAAGCAAAAUGACUGAUUAUUCAUCCCUGAUUGGUUCCAUGUCUCCGUGGGAGGAGCUUGCAGAAGUUGCUGAAGACCUCAAGAAGAGUACAGUAAAGGAACCAGUUCAGAUUAUAAUUAAGGAGGAGGUAGAACUGGUGGCACUUACUCAGAUCACCCAGUCUCCAGUGGAGCCAGUGAAACCUGUCCUGUCUGAGAUCUCCCAGAGCGGACUUCUAGAGAACAAGAACCUGGUGAAAGCAUCCACUCCCUCCCAGACCAGAUCUCUCAUUCAGAUUCACGGCAGUGCCGUAAUCGACAUCACAGACGAUGCUCAGGCCACUGUCCACUGGGAAAGCUCUGAGGCUGUGUCGGCACUGCUCGCCUCGCAGAAUGCUGAGUCAACUGCCCUCUCACCCUACCUCCCUCUCAACCCUUCCCCCAUUUCCUCACCUCCCGUUCCUCCGUCGCCCUCCCCAUCAGAGGGAUGUCACAGAGGGGAGCCUGAGCCUCUCAUGAAGUUGUCAGGCGUUGCGGGAGGCAGAAUGACAUCGCCCAAGAGUUCAGGCAGCAAGUUGGAGUUUGCUCCCUCUGAGUUGAUCAGGCCCAUCACGGCAGUGGCUGAAAGCGUAUCGCUGCUGGAAGAGAAGACCAUUCUUUCUCAUCAGCAACAGCAGAAACAUCUACAGCAUUACACAUCUACCCCCCAUGGAGAUAAUUCACCUUCAUCAGAACAGAGGUGGAAACAUCUGCAGCAGCCCCCUCCUCACAAGUUAAAUGCUGCCAUGCCCCCUGACUUGACUAUGCCCGAAAAGAGCCCCAGCCCAAACCGCAGCUCGGCCCAGCUGGAUACUGUGAAGCAGAGUUCCCGACCCAGGAGCAACUCUCCAAGCCACCCCCAUCCUUCCACUUAUGCAGCCGACCAUUCGAUGUCUGAACCCCCCCCUGACCUGCUGGACAUUUCUAAACCCAAAACAAACACUUGUCCUGAGGUGUCUAAACAUAAAGUAAUCAGGAACCCAGCUCCUUCUCCACCUCCAUUCACCCGUCUGCCCAGUAAAGCGGAUGCUGCAGAACCUCCGCGGCCUGGCUUUGAGUCGGUGCCAGUGCGGGCGGAGACGGGUGGAGUCUGUACCAGCAGCAGCACCAAUAGUCCACUGAUCAUUGAUAAGAAAGAGACUUUUACUGUUUACAGAGACCCAGCGCUGGUGCGCUCUAACCCAGAGGCUGUUGUCUCCUCAGCUAAUUCAUCUAACCAUGUGCCAGCCUAUCUCCAUCCCCACCUGCACAGUCUACACCCUCCCUCCCCUCACUCCCCAUGCCUUCCUCCUGCAUCGCACUCUCACAUAGCCCCGCACCUACUUCCCCCAUCUCACUCCCCAGCCUUGCCUCACCCACAUAUUUUACCCCACAGAAUGCUGCCGGCCAUUCCUCCGGCUGCAGCAUCUCUCUUUGGGGGGCAUCCUCGGCUGGACUCUCCCGGGGGACUGGGUCACAUUACCCUCCCUCACUCGGCAACCACACACCAGCAGCAGUUCCUCCAGGGUCCCAGCAGUGCCGCAGGACUUGGCCUGUAUCCCAUCAUAUGGCAGUACCCUAACGGAGCACCGCCCUCCUACCCUCCAGGACUCAACCUGCAGGCUUCUUCUAAAUGGGUUCUUUCUGAGAACCCAGUUGCUGUGAAUUCUGAGGGUCCUCUACGGAGGAACACUGCCAGCCCAUGGCUCCAUCAGAGUGCCCUUAGCACUGGUGAUGGUCUGGGUUUGUUGAACCACAUUCCAAUUCGUCCAGCCAGUGCCGACACUCACCGAUCUUCCAUCAAGAUCAACGCAAACACAAGCCCCCCCAUGUCAAAGGCUUCCAUGGGGAUUCAGAAAGAGACUUUGACAUUGGCACAGCUGAGGCAGAAUCAGAUGGAUCAAAGUUGCACCUCGACAGAAAAAGAUGUGCAUCUUCACCGCUUGUACCUGGAUUCGCUCAUCAAACCCCACCGGACAAACACCCAGGAAGCACUUCAGGCAGCUGAUCGAGCCGUUGCGUACAAAGAGGAGAAUCGUCAAAUCCUGAAAGAGAGCAUUGAAGUUGCACCUUACACUGCUAAGAUCCAGCCCUCCACUGAGACUGGCCUGAACAGGGACCGAGAGAGGAGACACGAGCAAGCAUUCCCUGUACAGAUGCCAGCUCUAGCCUCUGCAAGUCCAAAGGCCAUCCACACUAAUCCUCACAUGAUUCAGUCAGAAAGAAGCAGCUACUACAAAACGUUGUCCAACAACAUCGCUAACGCGCCUCCAAGACUCUUCCCGUCCAAGGAGUGUUUCGGUCUCGGAGGCUCAGAGGAAACGUCGGGAAUUGGGACCAUUGUUGGUACUGCUGUGCAAACACAUGGAGCUCAGGCUUUGACAAAUUACAACACCAAGUGUUCCCUCUCCAAGCCCCCACCUCUGAUUAAGCACCAAACGGAUGGAGGAGAGGGUCUAGCAGGGAAAAUCACAGAACAGCUCAGCCAGCAAGUCAUACAACUUCACACCAGUGUAGACAGGAAAGAUCAUCACGACCCUGCAGUUUCUCUUUCCCUCUCCUCGUCCUCGUCUUUGUCCCCAGUCUCCAACCACCAUCAUCACCCCCAUCAGCAGCAGCUCCGGGCAAUGCCUUCUCUCUACCGAGCUCCUGUUUUCCACCCGCCCACGCAGCUCGCUCUGGAAUGCAAAGAGGCUGCAGAGCAGGAAAAAGAAAAGGAGUGGGACAAAUGUUGUUUUGUGGGACGGUUGUCACCACCGACUCUCACGCCCAUCCAACCAAUGAGUUUAGCAACAUCUGGCACCAAAACGUUAGUUGAACAGCAGAAACCACCAACGCUGGUGCCAGAACUCAGGGAUGUCAAAGGUCAUGAAGUCACUACUGCAGUCACCUCCAUGGCCUCCAACAUCAUUGGGGAAGUCAAGACAGAUGGAUGGAGAGGCAGAGAGAUGAUCUGGGAAAGAGAAAGUGUUCUCUCCAGAGACAAAGAGGUGUCAAAGGUUAAGCCCCAAGCAGCAAUGGCAUCAGUCAUCGUGCGGCCAAUAACAUCUCUGAAGCACGAGAGUCCUGCUGGUGUGAACAAAUCUAGUUCCAUUAAUCACCAGGACUUUGUUUCUGAGAGGCUGUACCCAUCCAAGCUUCAUGGGGAACCACCCAGAUGUAGAGAGAAUGUCAGAGAGGCUGGAGUUGGCAGGGUUAUCCAACCCAACUCAAACCUGGAUGAUAUGUGCACCCAGUAUAAGAACACAUCCAUGCAGACUACACCGAGGCCUGCAGGUGUCACCUCUACCAAUCCUGUCUGCAGGUCUGCCACGGUUCUCUCACCAGGUGUGGAUGUACAGAAGGAACCCCCUAAGGCAGAACACUCGGCUCGGGACGAGUUGUCAGCCAUUAAAACUGGCUCUGAAGGCUGGCCGCUUGGUCACACAAGACCAGCUAGAGAUUACCAUCACCAUGAGGUGUUUGAUGCACGUUCCGCUUCAACGGGACUGUCUUUGCUUUUAGCUAGUCCAGCAGGAAGACCGCUACCCAAUCAGAUCAUCAUCCCAGCACCCAGCUCCAGCCAGGCUUUCUCUCCCUCAUUUGUUCAUCUCAAAAAGCACAAAGCUGCUUUAGCUGCAGCCCAGUCCAAAAGCAACCUCCCUCCUCCUCCCACAUCUGUGCCAGCCAGAAACUCUUCCUUAGCUUUGGAGUCAGCUGACAAAGCUCCAAAUCACAGCUCCACUCCUCCACUCUAUUCUAGCCAAGCUUCCUCGUCCUUGACUGACGACAACAGCAGCUCUGCAGUCAGUGCAGCAUCAGACAAGUUAAGCCCCUUACCUAAUGGCCAGCCUUCAGCAUCAGCCCCGGUUGGCUGUGGCCAGCCCAGUAACUACCACAAGCUGAAGAAGGCCUGGUUAACCAGGCAUUCUGAGGAAGACAGGAGAACAUGUGCUACCAUCACCAUGUCUAAUGCUAAAGCAGAUAAACUGCUCACCACCACCUCCAGUACAUGCAACGCCACCGCCAUGUCGGACAUGAUCAAACCCUGUACCGUCAACCUCAGUGCCUCCACUUCUAGCGAGGUGGAGAUGAACAAAGGUGAGAAGGAGAAACAGCAGGAAAAGAACACAGGGGCCCGAGGGGGGGAGGUAAAGAAGUCAACUCCUUUAUCAAGGCGUGGAAACAAGCGCUUAUACGAUUCUGGCUCUGAAAGUGGGGGAGACGACUCGGAUGCUAGCGAGAGCAAGAUGGAGGGUCGAGCUAAACGUCAGCCUAAGCCGACCUACAAGAAAAGGCAGAACGACAUGGCCAGGAAAAGAGGAGACAACGAGAAGGAAGAUGAGGAAGUGAAGCCCAACGGGAUCUUUAGAUCAGCCCGAGAGAAAACCAAACUCAAACUGGCCACCAGCAAUGGAAUCCCUCGCUCAGUGCUGAAGGACUGGAGGAAGGUGAGAAAGCUGAAACAGACUGGGGAGUCCUUCUUGCAGGAUGACUCAUGUUCAGAAAUUGGACCCAACCUGCAGAAAUGUCGGGAAUGCCGAGUGGUCCGCAGCAAAAAAGGCGAAGAGCCUGCACAUUCCCCCGUCUUCUGUCGCUUCUACUAUUUCAGACGGCUCUCAUACAGUAAAAACGGAGUCAUCCGGAUAGACGGAUUUUCCACCCCAGAGCAGUUUGAUGAGGAGGCCCUGGCCCUGUGGCUGCCUGGCUCUGUGGAGGAAAGCCAGCUGGACCAAAACAUGGCCAAAUACAUUCUCACUUUCAUUGGGGACAAGUUCUGUCAGAUGGUGAUGACUGAAAGCACCGCUUCCAGCUGGAUCAAGAAGGACGCCAAGCUAGCAUGGAAGCGAGCAGUGAGGGGGGUCAGGGAGAUGUGUGAUGCAUGUGAAGCAACGCUCUUCAACAUCCACUGGGUCUGCCAGAAAUGUGGGUUUGUGGUCUGCUUGGACUGCUACAAAGCAAAAGAGAAGAGAAGCUCAAAAGAAAAAGAACUAUACGGAUGGUUGAAGUGUGUUAAAGGACAACUUCAUGACCACAAGCACCUCAUGCCGACACAGAUCAUCCCUGGUAAAGUUCUGAUGGAGUUGGUGAGCUCCAUGCACUCCCUGAGAGACAAGUACGACAUCAGAUCUCAUUGUUCCUGCGCCAACAAACAGAAUGUCCUCAGCAAGCUGCCGAUGACCAAUAGCGUCUCUCAGGUUUUGCAGAAUGUGCUAAACCACAGCAACAAGCUGUCACUGGUGAAGGCUGAGCCAGGCUCCGAGCCGAACCAGAGCCACGGUGGAGUCAAGACAGGAACCAAUGGAGGAGGAGGUAACGGAGAAAGCAGUCCUGGAACUGAGGUGGAAAGGGUAUCGGUCACCCCGCCAGAGUCUCCGUCUCCUCUCCACUUCCUGGCUGACCUUGCAGAGCAGAAAUCCAGACAGGAAAAGAAAGAAAACAAAGAAAUUGCACUGCCAGGUAAGUCUGUGAAGGAGGAAGAUGGGGACAGCCUGGAAGUCCUGCAACAGUGUAAGACCACCUCACUGGUGACCAACAGUUCAGAGCAGGGCUCAACCCUCCGAGAUCUGCUCACCACCACAGCAGGGAAGCUCAAGCUGGGAUCCACUGACGCAGGAAUCGCCUUUGCUCCAGUCUAUUCUACUGCUUCACAGACUGAAAAACGCGGGAGAACCAUGCCGAAUAUCCUUGAUGACAUCAUCGCUUCAGUGGUGGAGAAUAAAAUCCCAGCCAGCCGUCAGAACAUCACAGCCAAGCUGACAAUCAAGCAAGAUCAUAUCCUCCCUAAUAAUCCCCCCUCAGCCAUCCCUGAGGACAUCAAACUAGAGAGGAAGAGGUUGGCGCUCCCAGAGGACUCUAUCCAGUAUCCAGACAUUCCCCACUGCUGGUUACACAACAGGAAGUUACUGUGGCUCAAAGAUCACUGUAACCACGACAACUGGAAGCUGUUCAGAGAAUGCUGGAGACAAGGACAGCCCGUUUUAGUGUCGGGGAUCCAUAGGCGACUCAGCGUCAGUCUGUGGAAGGCAGACUCCUUCAACCAGGAGUUUGCCGACCAUCAGGGAGACCUUGUCAGCUGUAGAGACCAGGUAGUGUCCAACUCUGGGAUCAAAGAAUUCUGGGAUGGAUUUGAGGACAUAACCAAACGACCAAAGUCCAAAGAUGGAGAACCUAUGGUCUACAGGCUGAAGGACUGGCCGUCUGGAGAGGAGUUCAUGGCUCUGAUGCCCUCCAGAUACGAUGACCUGAUGAAGAACCUUCCACUGCCAGAAUAUUGUGAUCCAGAGGGGAACCUCAACCUGGCCUCCCAUCUGCCGUCAUUUUUUGUCCGACCGGACCUUGGACCAAGACUCUGCUGUGCAUAUGGUGUCAUUGCAUCUCAGGAUCAGGACUUUGGAACUGCCAACCUCCAUGUGGAAGUCUCGGAUGUAGUCUCUGUCCUGGUCUAUGUUGGUGUAGCCAAAGGGAAUGGAGUCCUGUCCAAAACUGGAGUGCUGAAGCGUCUGGAGGAAGAGGAUCUAGAUGAUGGAGUUAGAAGACGAUUGAAGGACUCUAGUGAAACACCAGGGGCGCUGUGGCACAUCUACCUCAACAGGGACAUGGACAAAAUCCGAGAGUUCCUGCAUAAGCUCUGUAAGGAGCAGAGUCUGGACAUGUCCUUAGACCAAGACCCAAUUAGAGAACACGUGUGGUAUCUGAGCAAGAAGCAGCGCCAGCGGCUACUGGAUGAGCAUGGAGUUCAGGGCUGGACUGUGGUUCAGUUCCUGGGAGAUUCUGUCCUGAUACCUGCUGGGGCCAUGCACCAGGUCCAGAAUCUUCACAGCUGUGUUCAAGUCAUCAAUGACUUUGUGUCUCCUGAGCACGUGUGCAGGUCCUUUCACCUGACCCAGGAGCUUCGGUCCAAUAAGGAGGAGGUCAACUAUGAGGAUAAAUUACAGGUGAAGAACAUCUUGUACCACUGUGUAAAGGAGGCAGUGAGCUCCCUAAAGAGGAGCGCUUCUGACAAAGACGUAAAAGAGGAGAAUUCAUGACGAUCAUCUGGCUUCAGCCGUGCGCAUAAACAAGCUUCUUGUGUGGUCAGGGCUGGUCACAUGACCUGGUGUCAACCUCAAACAUGUCACGUAUUCAAGUGGCCAUCUAGAGGCAUGGCCAACUCCAUCAUCACCACUAGCCUUCAGUGCCGAGAAGAGACGCAGGAACUGAGGAGCUGAAGCUUCAUCUGCUUGCAGCUGGCAGCAGGACCAGACAGAGCUCAUGUCUGCUUCUGUUUGAGCUCCUGUUGUGGGGAGGGCAAAGGCCAACAUGCCUGUCAGUGGCAGCAAGCCACAAUAGAAAAAUUCUGCUAAUCACAACAUCACCAGCAGCAUCAAUGUCAAACAUGACAUCUCUGAUGUCUGACAUCAUAAGGAACAAAACAACUCAAGAACUCAUGAAAAGUGAAAAGGAAACCCAGAAAUCUCAGAUGGCUCAGUCAGCAGCCUCUGCUGCUGCUUCAUUAGUUCUUUCCUUGGUGUGAAAUACUUCUCCUUCUUGUUUCCAGGUGUUACUGUUUGUGAGUUUAUACUCUCUCUCUCUCUCUCUCUCUCUCUCUCUCUCUCUCAUUCUCUUUCUCAAACAUUAGUUUCCUCUGUGGAGAUGUAUUUAAGUAAAGCAGUGUGAUCAUGGAGAGAGAAACAAGCAUUAAUGGAAAUGUCUGUUGCAAGAUCAGUUAUUUUCUUUUACUUUGUGGUAUUCUGUUGGAAUGUACUGUGAUGGAGGACACACACACACACCAGCAAAUGCCUGUAACUUCAGGGAAUGUGGAUGCUCUCCAGUCCUGAUGCCAUAAAUGUGUUUUCUGAAAAAGAACUGCCAAACUCUUAAGACCAUAACGUUUAUGUAAAGAGAAAACAAAAGACUUCAUACACAAUGUUUUAUGGGAAAAAAAGAAUUACUGUAAAAUGUUGACGGUUACAAAAAGAUGUUAUUUAUUUAAGAAAAGAAUUGUCUUGCUUUUGAUAAGAUUUACUAUUGUGAACUUUUAAAGUUUAACAUUAAAAUAAACUAACUAUAAAUUGUAAAUACACACACACACACGCACACACAAAUAUGUGUACAUACACAUAACACACAUAUAUAUUUAUGUAUAUGUGUGUGUACACAUAUAUAUAUAUAUAUAUACAUAUAUAUAUAUAUAUAUAUAUAUAUGUGUAUGCAUAUAUAUGUGUGUAUAUAUAUGUACACACACACAUAUAUAUAUAUAUGUAUAUAUAAAUAUAUAUGUGUGUAUAUAUAUGUAUAUACACACAUAUGUAUAUAUAUGUACAUGUAUAUAUAUAUGUGUGUGUAUAUAUAUAUAUAUAUACACAUAUAUAUAUACAUUGUAUGUAUAUAUAUGUAUAUACAUAUACAUAUGUAUACAUUACUGAAGUAUUUUUUUUAAAUAUGGCUUGCUUACAUUUUACAAUAUAAAGUGCAAGUGUUACAUACUAUGUACAUUAAAGUUCAAAAGGAUUUUACAUUUUCCAUUAAAAUGGAAUUUUAUCAAAUGA